CCAGGGGGCGCGCGUGUACUAUAUGUUGCUACAGAAGCCAACAUGGCGGACAAAUAUUUCAUCUGGUCAGUCGGAAAGCUAAAGCAAGAGCUCAUUAGACGAGGAGCAGUUACACGCGGCAGAAAGGUGGAUCUAGUAGAAAGAUUAAAGUCAUAUGACAGAAAUUUUAAUUUUCAAACGCAACCUAUAAAGCUUCCCAACCAAGUGGACGCACAGUGGCCUGCCAUGGGGUACCAUCAACUGGUCCAGAAUCACAAAGUGAUACUCCCAAAGCUGACAAGUUUUCAAAUUGAGGAGUACUUUUUGUACAGACUUGCAGGAGAUAAAAAUGCCUCUGCAGAUGUUAAAGCCCUAAGGAAAGGCAAAGACUUGCUAGACAGUGACAGAAUAUUAGCUUGUUCUGUUCUAAUGGAAGGAAACAACAUUUAUUUUAGUGGUAUGGUUGGUGCAGCUAUGAAAAAUAAGGUAAACACCUCACACAAAUUUCAAUGUUUUCUCAUUGUACUAAUGGACUGUUAGAAUAGACUCUUAAUAUACAAACAAGUUAAUAUUUUCUCUGUCAAGAUUUGAGGUGAAUAUGGUUUGUGGCUUUAUAAUAAAAAAUGCAAAAAAAUGCAUUUCGUUUUUCGGAAAUCGAUGCCCCCCUGACC